UUGACAUGCUAACUAAGUAAUCACUGAGUUUUUACUUGGAGAGAAUUUUGACCUUAAAGAGCAUUGCCAAGUAUUGCUUGGAUUAAACUGCUGCUGUUUACGUAAUCGCCUCACUUUGGCCUACGUUUGAAGCUUUAAAAGUAGCAUUAGAGCUUCUGGAUCCUAGAUAUUUGACUAUUAUUUCACAGCAGACCAUAAAAAACCAGAAGUUGUAUAUGUACAAUAUACAGAAAAGGACGAUGCACAAGUUUUCUUGGUCGGCGUUCUUGCUUCUAUUAGGAGCUGUUUUAACUGUUAAGAGCCUAGCAGAACGGUGUGUUCCUAUCGAAGAAUACAGUAGCUGUGCUUGUAGACUGAAUGAGACUAAACAAGUGUUCAAUCUUUCUCCACUUGCCCCGAAAAACGCUUCAGAGAGACCAAGGUUCACAGCCAACCAUACGACUAGUGGCUGGCAUUACUCAUACAACCCAUGUGAUGGAUUUGACUUGUUUGUUUCUAAAGAUAACGAGUCACGUGCAGAACCUUGUAAAAAUGUUGCAGUGGCACGCUGGACAGCAAGUCCUCCAGAAGUGUGUUUUGACCUGGGAGAUCCUGAUUCUGCAGUCUUUGACUACACCAACAUUAAUCUAUCCAGAUUCAAUUUAACCUCGGUAUCAAACUUGUCAAUCACUUUCACUCAUGUGAAUGACACUCGUCUAAAGAAUCGAGCCAUGAUAUACCUUGUUUGUAACUCCAAUAUGACUUAUUUCAACCAAUCAGUCUUCAAGUACUUGGAAACAGAAUAUGAGACUUAUUCAAGUUAUUACUUUACUCUGGAGAGCAGAUGUGGUUGUCCUGGUCUUUGUGGUACUCCACCAGAAAAAUCUAAAGGGUCAACUAAACGAAGCAAAGACAAAAAAGAUAGAACCUGGUUGAUCAUUGGUAUAUCCAUUGGAGCUGUCAUCAUAUUGUUACUAGUGAUUUUAGCUGUGAUUUGCUGCAGAACCAAGAGAUCUGGUUACACUUCCAUCUAACAGACUAUAUUCUUACUUCUCUACAAUUAAUGUACGUGAAUAGGAUAUGAGGCCUGGGAGAUGACUGAAUGGAUUUAAGUCAGUGAAGAAUUUCAUAAGUAAUCAUUGUAAUUUUUGGUUAAUCUGACAGGUGGAUAUAGAAUUCAGCUGUUUUUCAGCCACAAAUCUAGAAUUGGCUAUACCCAUGUUGCUCUAUUCUAAAACUAAUCAAUGCUUUUUAUUGUUAUUUUUUGUUUUCAUAUUAAUGAAAUUAGGAGUGGUGUUCGUUCUUAACAAUUUUAGCAGGCAUUGUUCGCACACAGCUCCUUUCUACACAUGCUCAUCGUAAUGAUGUCAUUAGAAUGUUUUGGUGGGCAAAAUAUCAAGAAAACCCAUUUUUAACCUGCAUCUACACCCUCCCCCCUUCCCUGACACCUUUGAAGAAAUGCAGGUCAGAAAGACUGACUGAAUGGGAUUCCCAAACAGGCUUUAAUUUUAAAUUUAAUCAGAUUAGCCUAAUUUAAUAUUCCAAACAGAUGGUAUUGCAUGACGAGUAGUUGACCAUUGCUAAAAAAAUUAAGCCUUAUUUAAAAUAUUAAAGAUAAAAGAAGAUUUAUCCAUGUUUUAGAGUAUAGUGUUAGGGAGUAGCCAAAAGGUCAAAGGGUACAAACAGUUUUAACUAAAUGUGAUUGAUUGAUUGAUUGAUUGAUUGAUUGAUUGAUUGAUUGAUAAGAAGUGGGGGUACUCCCAUAUGAGGGAGGGAAUGAUCGUCGUAUCUUUUAGGGAUUGAAUUCGUGCACUCGUGCACCCAGUCUUUUAGGGGUAAAAAAAGAAAAGUUGCUGGUUUUUAUCUCAAUUUUUUUUUGUUUUCAAUUCUUUACCUUGUGUUUCAAAGUGGUAUCUUUUAGGGCGAAAAUUUAAUUAAGACCACGCCCAAACUUUCUCACAGUCAAACCAACUCAAGCGUGAACACGUUAGAGGUCAUUAAUGACUUCAUUUUUGGAUUAUUGAUUUCGACCAUUCAUUUUGGUUAAGUCCAGAUGCUGUCCCAUUCUUUGACCACUGCCUUUGUUGCAAGUACAGGCAGCCCAACACAAGCACAGCGGUCAAAGGAGGGGACAGCAUCUGGACUAGAGGUGGUUUGACUGUUAAAAUUUUAUCAAAAACGAUCAUCCCUGACCUUUUUACAUUGGAGUGCCUCACCCCCAAUCGAUCGAUUGAUUGAUCAAUUGGUUKAUUAGUAUAUGUAACAGGACUCCAUGCUGUCCAAUUAAGAAAUAAUUGGACGAGGAAAAUUCCGAGGACUGACAAAAUUGGAUGAGGCCGUAGGCCGAAUUGACUGAUUGAAUAUGAUAUACCUCUAUAAACCCCGUCCUAUUCCUCAUGGCUACACCCUUUUCAUUAAAAUAUAGAUUAUAUAUAAGUACUUGUAACCAACUUGAAAUAAUUUACAGAGAAUGAAUUAGCAACAAUUAUGUUUUGUAAAAACAUUUUAUUAAAUAGCUAUUAAAAUGCCUUACAAUAUU